GUAAAAGAGAAAUGAAUUAUUGCGUACUUUUAUUGUUAUAAUUUUAUAAUAUUAAAAUUGUGAAUAUUUAUGUAAAUAAUUAAAUAAAAAAAAAAAAAAUAAUAAAUUCAUCGUAAUAUUCGCUAUGAUUAAUCAGAUUCUAAAUGGAAAACUUAGUUCUUUUAUAAGACAAGAAAACGGAUUAACAAAAAGAUCUUUAUUUUAUUGGCUGACCGUAAUUUUUAAUAGUGUCGAUAAGAGAAGAAUUGAAGAGGUUGGUCCUGAUCAAGCUUGUGCUGAAUGGCUCUUGAAAAAUGGAGCUUAUGUCAAAUGGAAAAAUUCUUCUGAGUAUUUAACGGAUUAUAAUGUUUUGAUCAAACAAACAGGAAUAAAUUAUAUACAAAGCGUUAAAGCUGAAAAUUCAGGGAUAACAUAUGUAGGAUUUCCAUAUUUUGAUGGUUGUAAGCAUAUAGAAGAGGUUAAGCUUAUUCGUUCUCGAUACAUUUGCAACAGAGCAAUGUCUUUGUUAUCAUUUUUAAAGGAAUCUCUAACUCAUCUUGAAGUUAUAGAAUGUCCAAGUGUAACUGAUGAGGGAUUGUAUAAAUUGAAAAAACUUCAAAAAUUAAAAAUAUUGAAACUUGAAGGAAUGCCAUAUUUAAAAGAUCCAGCUGAUGUCAGGAAACAAUUAAUGGAAUCUUUACCAAAUACUAAAAUUGAAUUGAAAUGAAAUAUUAAAAUCUUAUCACCGAUAACAUUGUAAUUUUAUUACUAUUUAUUUAUUAAUAAUAUACGAAUAAAUCGAAUAUAAGAAAUCCAAAGAAAUUAGAUUUAAAAAGUGAUAUAUAAUCAUAUAUAUCCCGAAUUUAUAUCAGCGAUAAAUUUAGAUCUCAUUUCGAUAUAACAAUCAAAGUCAAUGAAAAGUUUGUUUUUGUUUACGUAAACUAACAAACAAGUGAACGUAACUCUAUUAAAAAUAUCAAUUUAAUUCUCUAUUUUAUAUUUAACGCUUAAUUUUGAGUUAUGAAAUGUUUAAAUGAAUGUGUUAUUGUUUGAACAUUAGUAAAUUAUACUACGUGAACGUUUUAAAUUAUUUAAACAAAUUCUAAAAUAAUCAAAAGUAUGAUUUAUUUAAGUUUACCAUUAAGAAUGAUAGUGCUUCGAUCUUCACUGUUCAAAAUCCAAAAGAAAAAAUGUUUCGAUAACAAUCAAAGUCAAUGAAAAGUUUGUUUUUGUUGAUGUAAAUAGUCUACGAAA